AUGCAUAAAAGUAAUACGAGUUACGUUCUCAUGCAACAGUGUCGGUCUGAGAACAUCACCCUUUCUCACACCAAGUCUGCACGUCUGACGACCUUCUUGCCUGCAUUUUUCUCCUCCCUUUUUCUUUUCUCUGCCUGCGUACUGAAACGCAUUCAUUUUUUCUUUCAUUCUUUUCUUCUUUUCUCUGUUCAUUCGUUUAUUUACGUUUAUAUUUUUUUGUUUAUGUUUUGUUUUCUUUUAACUUUCUUCCCAGUUUUAAUUACGCUUUCUUUCUUUCUUUUCUUUCUUUCUUUCUUUCUUUCUUUCUUUUCUUUCUUUCUUUUCUUUCUUUUCUUUCUUUCUUUUCUUUCUUUCUUUUCUUUCUUUCUUUCUAAGUUUGCUUGCACUGGUUUUCUUUCUUUCUUUUUCUUUUCUUGUUGUUUUUUGUUUUUCUUCUUUUCUUUUCUUUUCUUUUUUUCGUUUCCCUUUAUUUUUUUCUCUUUUUUAUUUUCUAUUUGUUUACAAUUUCAAGCAUCUUUUCUUUCUUUCUUUAAUAGUUUGCAUGCGUGCACUUUUUCUUUUUUUCUUUUCCUUUUUCUUUUUUUACUUUCCUUUUCUUUUUUAAUUUCUUUUUUACUUUUCCUUCUUUUAUUUUCCAUUCGUUUUCAGAUAUUUUCCAUAUUCGUUACUUCCUUUUUUCCUUUUCCUUUUUUAACUCCAAAACACAUAAUGUUGAUUUACUAUGUGACCACUAAAAGUUUUGCAAGUACACAAAUGAACUAUUAA